AUGCCGUGCGACACCAAAACCACCUGCGCCGGCUGUUCCUGCGCCAGCACGCGCCCAACCUCAAAUAUAGAAGACUGCGAAGCGGAACUGCUCGCCCUACGCAAACGCACAGUGGACCUAGAAAGAACACUAGCAACACUAUCAGUCCAGGACAACACAAAAGCCCGGAAAGAUCGCAAACUACGCUCAACACGCUGGUUCAAUAACGACGACAACCCAGGCAUGACAGCGCUAUAUAUCGAACGAUAUCUAAACUACGGACUCACGCGCGAAGAACUCAUGGCCGGAAAACCAGUCAUCGGCAUCGCGCAGUCCGGCUCUGAUAUCGUGCCGUGUAAUCGACAUCACCUUGAACUAGCGAAGCGCGUGCGCGAGGGUAUUCGCAGUGCUGGGGGCAUUGCAUUUGAGUUUCCUACACAUCCUAUCCAGGAGAGUUCACGACGGCCGACUGCUUGUCUAGAUCGGAAUUUGGCGUAUCUUGGCUUGGUAGAGAUUUUGCAUGCUUAUCCUUUGGAUGGGGUUGUGCUUUUGACUGGAUGUGAUAAGACUACGCCCGCUGCGUUGAUGGCUGCUGCUACUGUGAAUAUCCCGGCGAUUUGUUUGAAUGUUGGCCCUAUGUUGAAUGGCUAUCUAAAAAAUGACCUGGCUGGAUCAGGUAUGGUAGUUUGGAAGGGUCGAGAGAUGUAUGCUGCAGGCGAGAUGAGCCGAGAAGAGUUCAUAGACUAUGUGGCUCGAGGAGCGCCUUCUGUGGGUCACUGUAACACCAUGGGCACAGCAUCAACAAUGAACGCACUAGCAGAGGCACUAGGCAUGGCUCUACCCGGUUCAGCAGCAAUCCCAGCCCCAUACCGAGAGCGCGGCCAAUGCGCCUACGAGACCGGCGAGCGAAUCGUCGAAAUGGUCCACGCAGACCGCAAACCCAGCGAUAUUAUGACACGCGCAGCCUUCGAAAACGUUAUCGUAGCCAACUCUGCCAUUGGCGGAAGCACUAAUGCACCGAUCCAUAUCAACGCCAUGGCAAAACACAUUGGUGUGGACCUUUCCCUCGACGACUGGGACCAGAUCGGCUUUCACAUCCCUCUACUCCUCAACAUGCAACCGGCCGGCGAGUUCUUAGGCGAGGAGUAUUUCCGCGCAGGAGGACUACCCGCCAUCAUGGCCGAACUGUUAGACGCGGGAAAACUACGCCCAGAAGCACUGACCUGCAACGGAAAAACCGUGGAAGAAAACGUGCGCGGACAACAUACCUGGAAUCGAAAGAUCAUUCACGCUUAUAGCGAGCCUAUGAUGGUCAAUGCUGGAUUCGUGCAUUUGACAGGCACGUUGUUCAACUCGGCAAUUAUGAAAACAUCCGUGAUCUCGCCUGCAUUCCGACAAAAGUUCCUCGAGAACCCGAAUGAUUUGAACGCUUUCGAAGGUGCCGUUGUGGUCUUUGAUGGACCCGAAGAUUAUCAUCAUCGACUCGAUGACCCUGCGACUCCGAUUGAUGAUACUAGUAUCCUUGUCAUGCGCGGCGCCGGACCAUUGGGAUACCCUGGUGCAGCGGAGGUGGUAAAUAUGCAUCCACCAGCACGUCUGUUGAAACAGGGGAUUACUUCGUUACCAUGUAUCGGGGAUGGGCGUCAAUCGGGGACAUCAGGCUCGCCAUCUAUUCUGAAUGCAAGCCCUGAAGCGGCGGCUGGAGGAAAUAUUGCGCUGCUCCGUGAUGGGGAUCGGACGCGGGUUGAUUUGACUAAGCGCCGUGUUGAUAUCCUUAUUGAUGAUGAGGAAUUGCAGCGUCGUCGUGAGGAGUUGAAGGCUCGGGGUGGGUUUGCUAUGCCCGAAAGUCAGACGCCUUGGCAGGAGAUCUUCCGUCGUGAGACCAGUCAGCUGAAUGAGGGCAUGGUUCUGCGUGAUGCUCUUAAGUAUCAACGUGUUGCGCAGCGGUGGGAGGAGCCAAGGCAUAACCAUUGA